AUGGCCCGGCGGCGGCGCCGCGCCUGCAUCGCGCUGUUCCUGGUGCUGCUCUUCGCCUUCGGCACCCUCAUGGGCCUGCGCACGCUUAAGGCCCCGGACGGACUCCCGGCGCUGGGCCCGGGCCUGGAGCUGGCGCCCUUUGAGCGACGCCCGGAGGGGGCCCCCGCGCCCGCCGCCCGGGCCCCGGCCGUGCCCGCCCUCCAAGGCACGCCACCCCCGCCGCCGCCGCCGCCCCGCACGGCGGACCCUGGCAGCUCCCCUGGGCCGGCCCCCGCGGAGGCCGAGCCCGCCCCCGGGCAGAGUCUACGCGUCUACUCGGACCUGCACGCCUUCUACUACUCAUGGUACGGGAGCCCGCGGCGCGAGGGCCACUACAUUCACUGGGACCACGUCAUGGUGCCGCACUGGGACCCCAAGAUCUCGGCCAGCUACCCCCGCGGCCGCCACAGCCCUCCAGACGACUUGGGCUCCAGUUUCUACCCGGAGCUGGGGCCCUACAGCUCCCGGGACCCCGACGUGCUGCGGGAGCACAUGACCCAGCUCAAGGAGGCCGCCAUCGGCGUCCUGGUCCUGUCCUGGUACCCACCCGGCAUGGCUGAUGACAACGGGGAACCCGCAGAUGACCUGGUGCCUGCCAUUCUGGACACCGCCCAUCAGUUCGACAUCCAGGUGGCCUUCCACAUCCAACCCUACAAGGGCCGGGAUGACACCACUGUACAUGACAACAUCAAGUACAUCAUCGACACGUAUGGCUCCCAUGGUGCAUUUUACCACUACAAGAACAGCAUGGGCAAGAGCCUCCCGCUCUUUUAUAUCUACGACUCAUACCUGACGUCCCCUGAGGCCUGGGCCCACCUCCUGACACCGAACGGACUCCACUCAGUCCGCAAUACCCCCUACGAUGGGGUCUUCAUAGCGCUGCUGGUGGAGGAGGGCCACACCCACGACAUCCUGGCUGCAGGGUUUGAUGGCAUGUACACCUACUUUGCCUCCAAUGGCUUCUCCUUUGGCUCCUCCCAUCAGAACUGGAAAGCUGUGAAGAACUUUUGCGAUGCCAACAACCUCAUGUUCAUUCCCAGUGUGGGGCCUGGCUACAUAGACACCAGCAUCCGGCCCUGGAACAACCACAACACUCGGAACAGGGUCAACGGCAAGUACUAUGAGACAGCCCUGCAGGCAGCCCUGACAGUAAGGCCUGAGAUCGUCUCCAUCACCUCCUUCAAUGAGUGGCAUGAGGGCACCCAGAUUGAGAAGGCCAUUCCCAAGAAGACACCAACUCGCCUGUACUUGGACUACUUGCCUCAUCAGCCCAGCCUGUACCUGGAGCUGACCCGCCGCUGGGCGGAGCACUUCAUCAAAGAGAAGGAGCAGUGGCUGAUGUGAGGGGCCUGCAAACGGGGCAAUGAGGGGCUAAUGUCCCAGCCUUGCUGGGAGCUGUCACCAUAUGGGGCUCAGCUGAGGUUGCAGGCACUCACUUACUCCCAAGUCAGCAGCUGGGUGCUUAUGGGUGGGCCGUUGAGCCUGUUCCUCAGGCAAGUGGUGCUGGGGUGCUCUGCAGUGACGGGAAGCUAGGCGGUGUUCCAGAGAGGGAACAGUGGAGGCUGGCAGGCGACUGGACUUAGCCUAGGGCAGCUCCACAUCUUCAGAACACUUUCACAUAAUCCCUUCUAGCUUUGAACUCUGUGGCAGGUUGGUGUUGUGUAGUGGAGUCCCCCAGUCACUGUUUUUGGAAGGGUGUCAGGGUCUGGGCCAGCAUGCACUCCCUUCUGCCAGCCUGUGCCCUCUCUUCAGGCCUCCUUCCCACAUCAUCUGUCUUCUCUAAGUUAGGGAACCAUAUUUGAGACUUUCUGAAAGGGAAUUUCUAGGUUUAAGCUCUUCCCAGUAGAUUCCUGAACCCAAUCAGGACAUAAUCCUGAGCAUUCGUUCAACACUCGCUAAUCGAGCACCUUACUAUGUGCUAGGUGCUGCGGAAAACUUGACCAAGGAAUGGUUCCUGUUCCCCCUGACACUUGCAGGAUCCAGCUUCCUUAUUUGGUGUGGCCUUGUAGCUGGUGCCUGGGCACAGUUGUGUUUUUCUUUUUGCAGUUUUACCUAGUGCUAGGAAUUCGGUUCCAUUUCCUCUAAAAAAAAAAAUACCUCUGCACUCCAGAGCUCACUUUUCCCAGACUUGGCUCCAGGGAGAGGACUAGGAGGACACCCCCCUCCCUUUAGCUGCUUGAACUGAAUGAGACCCACUCUCUAGAGCCAUUUUCAGUGCUACUGUGAUUUGUAUUUAUUAAAUAUGAAGUGGUAUUCUCAAGUAA